AACCAAUCUUAUCAAUCAUAUAACACAUGUAGAUACCUAAUAAUUUAAUUCCCUUAUUAUUAUUUUUGUUUGUGUUUAAUAUUUUUCUAUAAAAAUGGCACUAGUUGAUAUUACAUCAGAAGUUUCUUUGCAACAUUGGUACAUUGCCAACCCUUGUCCUGGGCACACAACAGGUAGAGCUGGAGUUGUAUUUAGAAAUCUUAUAAACACAAUUAUGGUAUCUCAGUGUGCUCUUGCUUCUCCUUGCAUGUUUCCAGACGACUUUGGACCAUUCAUGGGACAGUCUUGUGGCGGUAAUUGUGUACAGUUCGAUUUUAUAAUAGUUGGUGGAGGGACAGCAGGGUGUAUUUUAGCAAAUAGGUUAUCUGAAAUAGAGACUUGGAGUAUUUUAUUGUUAGAGGCUGGAGGGGAUCCACCUAUUUCCUCGGAUGUGCCAAAGUUCUAUAUGUCGCAACAGUUAUCAUGUAUAGAUUGGAAAUUCAAGACAGAAAAAGAAGAAGGUAUGUAUCAAGCUAUGAUUGGACAAAGGAAUCUAUGGGCAGCUGGUAAAGUUUUAGGAGGUUCUAGUACAAUAGGGCGGAUGCAAUAUCACAGAGGCCAUCCUUCAGAUUAUAAUUUAUGGGCUAGACUUGGUAACACUGGUUGGUCUUAUCAAGAACUGCUUCAUUACUUCAAAAAAGCUGAAGAUAUGAGAGACAAAGAAGUAAUGGCCUGUCCUGAAAUAAACCAAUAUCACGGUAUAGGUGGGUAUUUAUCUCUAGACAAAUUUAGAAGCAGAGAAGUACUGGUUGAUCAUAUUAAAGAUGCUGCUAGAGAAUUAACCUAUGAAGACAUUAGAGAUUCUAAUGGUCCUAUUGCUACUGGAUUCUUUUCAGCCCAUGCAACAUUAAAAGAUGGAGAAAGAUUGAGUACAGCUAAGGCCUAUUUAUCACCGAUUAGAGACAGACCUAAUAUAUUUGUUGCCAAGUACUCACAUGUAACAAAGAUAUUAUUUAAUGGUAAAAGAGCAGUGGGUGUUGAGUAUAAAUGGAGGAAUGAAACCAAAUUAAGAACUGCUAUGGUGAAAAAAGAAAUCAUCAUUACAGCUGGAACAAUCAACACAGCCAAGCUUUUGAUGCUAUCAGGGAUAGGUCCAGCGAGACAUCUUGGCAAAUUAGGUAUACCAGUCCUGUCGGAUUUAAGAGUGGGUUGUAAUCUUCAGGAUCAUGUAACUUUCGGUGGUGCUGUGAUGACAUUAAAUAAAACAAAAAAGGCAAGUUCUCCUUUUCAGCAUCUAGAUUCAGCUUAUGAAUAUCUUUCGAGGCGCUCUGGUCACUUUGCUUCUAUACACGAAUCAGAAGUUUUAGGUCUUGUAGGUAUACAUGAUGACGAAGAACCAGAUUUAGAAAUGUUUCAUUUAUUUAUUAGGCAAAAUGACAUGACAACUUUUAACAUGUGGGCAUCAACUCUUAAUUUAACGCCUGAUGUAAGAGAGAUGUUUAUAAAACUAAUAUUGGAUUAUGAUUUAUUAAUAAUAAUGCCUAUAAUUUUGAGACCAGCAAGUAGGGGAUUAGUACAGCUUAGGAGCUGUGAUCCCUUUGAUCCACCAGUCAUUUUUUCAGGUCAUCUCAGAGAAGAUUCAGAUGUAGAUCAAAUGCUGUCGGGCAUCAAAUUUGUUACACUUAUGGCAGAUACCGUUGCACUUCGUCGACAUGAAGCUGAAAUGAAGCGCAUUAAUUUCCCUGGGUGUUGUGAUGAAGAAUUUAACACUGAUGGUUAUUGGACUUGCGCCUUAAGUCACUUGGCUACCACUUUUAAUGACUAUGUUGGCACUACUAAAAUGGGCACAUCUUGCGAUAAAACAGCAGUUGUUGAUCCACAGUUGCGUGUUUAUGGUGUCAAAGGUUUGCGAGUUGCCGAUGCAUCAAUUAUACCCCUGAUUCCAAGUGGAAAUAUUAUGGCAGCAGUAGUUGCCAUAGCUGAAAAGGCUUCUGAUAUGAUUAAAGCGGAUUGGCUAACGGAGAAUGCUUUAGGUCGUAAAACUACUUGUGCCCCUCCAUGUAAUAUUUCAUAUCCUCCAAAGAAGCCUGUACAGAAACCUCUAAAACAAGAUUUUUUGAAGACGGAAACAGGAAAACAAGUCUUAAUUAAUCCACCGACUACACCUGUUGUGAAAAUAAAAGUCUAAAUACAAUAGCCCUUUACUUUUAUGGUUAGAGGUUGAAAUAUUGUUAUGAACCAAAUCAUUGCAUUUUUAGGAUUUUACGGUGAAUUACAAGGAAGUAGUAACGGAAAAUUCAAUUUUUUACUUAUGACUAUGAUCAUAUGUUUAAUCUUAUCGAAGAAUAUAUAAAGGCAGGUAAAAGGAUGAGAUGGAUAUGAUUUACUCAAGACUUAUGAAAUUGAAUUAAGGAUUCAAAGAAAUAUGAAGAUAUUUGUUUACAUUGUAAUUGAAAAUUAAUAUACUUAAAAUUAAUAUAUAGACUAACAUAAUUUCAUAGAGGUUUUUAAGGUAAUAGAUAAAAUGCAUAUUAUUGAAUUUUAAAAAGUUCAAAAAAAAAAAAAAAAUAUAUGAAAUGAUGUUAGUCAAUAAAAUUUCUAUUUAUAAUGUCUAAAUAUAUAUCUAUAAACUGCUUCAUGGAAAAGUAGUGCUUUGAAAAAUACAAUUUAUUUUUCUGUGA